CCUUCACUUUAUUUUGAUCAUCAUCGAUCAUCGGUCGCCCAUACAUUUGUGCGUCGCAGUCAUCGUACACCGCUUUUUACAACAUUUUUCGGCAAUUGGUGGCUGCCGAUAAUGGUGUUUCUCCACGAGUCAUCUAACGCUACUACUACCCCCAGCCUAUGAUGCGCCAUGUCGAACAGCAGCCACAGCUCCGAUUCGCAGAGGUCAGGGGUCGCAACCACGCAUGUCAGCUUCGUCUGUCAGCGUUGUUGUCAGCCGCUCAAGUUGGACCCGUCCUUCAGUUCGCUGGACAGCCAGACCUACAUUGACCUUACAGCGCCAUUAUUGACGGCCAGUUCAGGCAAGGCCACUCCACUUCUACAGAGCACAGACAGUGCUGAACCGUUUGAGCUCGACAAAAAUGAUGGAGUAUCAAGGAAAAGAAUACAACCUGUCAGGUACCCCUCACAAGACAGUGGCCAAGAAUUCACACUACUUGGUGAAGCAGCCAGCAGUCGUAUGGAGAAUAUCAGCCAUAGAAUCAAGGUUGCCAGUCAGCUGUUUGACAUCAUGUCUGGUCACUCAGAUAUCGACCAUCCACUGUGUGAGGAAUGCACCGACUCCCUGCUGGACCAACUUGACCAGCAGCUGAAGAUCACAGAGGAUGAAUGCAAACAUUACAGAGAGUCUCUAGAGAAACUAACAGACGGUGAAGAUAACGAAGACGAAGCGGUGUUGGAAGCAGAGAUUGAAAUGUUGAAAGCCAACGAAGCUGAACUUGUCAAACAACUUGAGGAGACAGAGUCUGAACGACAGAAGAUCGCCGAAGAGACACAACUGCAGAAGAAAGAGCUGGAACAGCUAGAGGCUGAGGAAGAAAGCUACUGGAAGGAAUAUAACAAGUACAAGCAGCAACUGCUGACCUUAAAGGACGAGCAACGAAGCAUCGACAAUCAGAUGAGGUAUGCACAGACGCAACUCGACCAACUCAGCAAGACGAAUGUCUUCAACGCAACAUUCCACAUAUGGCACAACGGCCAUUUUGGAACCAUCAACAAUUUCCGUCUUGGUCGUUUACCCAGCGUUCCCGUGGACUGGAGCGAGAUCAACGCAGCCUGGGGCCAGACGGUCCUGCUGCUACACUCCCUGGCACAGAAGAUGAAUUUCAAAUUCAAGAGAUAUCGAUUGGUCCCGUGUGGCAACCAUUCCUACCUGGAGUCUCUACAGGACAAGUCUAAGCAGCUACCCCUCCAUGGAUCAGGUGGCUUCCGGUUUUUCUGGGACACGAAGUUUGAUCAGGCCAUGGUAGCCUUCUUGGAUUGCCUCCAGCAACUUGAGGAGGAGGUCGAGAGAGGAGACACCAGCUUCUGUCUGCCUUACAAGAUGUCUGGAGGCAAGAUUGAGGACAAGAGCAACGGUGCUACGUACUCAGUCAAGAUCCAGUUCAAUUCCGAGGAACAGUGGACGAAAGCGCUCAAGUUUAUGCUGACGAACCUGAAGUGGGCUUUAGCCUGGGUGUCAUCACAGUUCACUAAGUGAUCAAGCUUGGUCAAGUUUCUGCCAAUUCUGAAUUACUUGGUUAUGGAAGUGGCAAAUUUAAAGUUUGCAAACAAAAUUGUGUACUAAGUCCUGUAUUUAUGCUUGUCUGGUUGUAGCUUCAUGCUACACUGGUUUGCAAUUAAAUAAGGUAUAUCCAGAAAUGGAAAACCAGAUGAACAUGUCUUGUAAAUUUAAGGACCCGAAUCACAAAUAUAUGCCGAGCUUGUGGGAAUUAUUGAAAAUAUAUUUGUAAAAAAAAUAAACCCCAAACAGUGCUACACUGUUUUAUAUGCGGGUACAAAAAUCGCAGAUCAAAAAUUGGUCUAGUGAUUUUUGAUUCAGUAUAUGUAGAGCUGAUCAAUUUGGCAGUUGGCCAAAUUAAGUCAUUAAUUCUUCUUAAAAAAACCCCAGAAUUUCACUUUUGAAGCAAAUCCUUUACAAAGUGUGUACAUUUAAAAGUGAAGUACGCAGUUUGUAUGGUCUAGUUGCACUUUGCCUCACUAAGCAUUAUCUACACUUUUGAGUGUACAUAAAUUCAGUAACGCGCUUAUUUGACAGAAAUGCAAGGUUUACUUUUCCUGUGCUGAACACUACAGCGUAUGACACAAAUUAUCUAAAUAUUUUUACACCCUUCAACUGGUGAAGAGGAUUUAAGCUCAUCUCUGUUAAAAAAAAAAUCAUUUUGAAAACAGUAAAUCUUUUGUCUUGCAUACUUUCUUGUGAAUAGGUAUAUUUUAGGGAGAAAAAAAUGAAGACAGAUUUCAAGAAAUCAAAUCGAAGUAUUGUAUUGUCUUAAAUGUGUUUUCCUAUUCAUAAAACAGCUGUAUCAAAAGUGAAUAAAUACGAUAUGUAACACUUACACUGAA